AUGUCGAGAAUCAAAUGGGCCUUGAAGAAGGCCGAGGUGACUCAAGAGUCGGGCUUGUCAAAUGCUCAAAUGAUGUUGACAAAUGAAGACCUGAGGCCAGUGGACCCAGAGCGUCGGCAAUGGUCAUGGCUGAAUUAUAUUGCAUUCUGGAUUGCCGAUUCCUUGAACAUUAAUACAUGGAUGAUCUCGUCAUCAAUGAUCGUCGACGGCCUAUCGUGGUGGCAGUCAUGGCUGUGUGUUUGGAUUGGAUACUUCAUCGCGGGCGGCUUCGUGUGCUUGACAGGUCGCAUCGGAGCAGUCUAUCAUAUCUCGUUCCCGGUGACAGCGCGAGCGUCAUUUGGAAUCUGGGGCUCAUUUUGGCCUGUGAUCAAUCGCGUGGUUAUGGCUAUUAUCUGGUACGGCGUGCAGAGUUACAUUGGAGGUGAAUGCGUCUCUCUGAUGAUCGAGGCAAUCUGGCCGAGCUACAGACAUCUGCACAACAGUCUCUCUGCCAGCGCGGGCGUUGACACGAGAGGGUUCUUGAGUUUCUUCCUCUUCUGGCUGCUAUCGCUUCCCGCUCUAUGGUUCCCCGUGCACAAGGUGCGCCAUCUGUUCACCGUCAAGGCCAUCUACUCGCCCAUUGCAGCAAUUGCGUUCUUUGCGUGGGCGAUUGCACGAGCAAACGGUAUUGGGCCUAUCGUACACCAGGGUAAUUCUAUUCAAGGCAGCGCCUUGGCGUGGGCAUUUGUGAAAGGCGUCAUGAACUGCAUUGGUAACUUUGCUGCCCUGAUCAUGAACGAUCCCGACUUCUCGCGUUUUGCGCGGAAACCCAAGGAUGCACUGUGGUCGCAGCUUCUAACGAUUCCCAUUGGGUUUGGAAUCACAUCCUUUAUUGGCAUUAUCGUGUCCUCGUCUUCGUCAGUCAUAUUCAACGGCGAUCCCGUCUGGAACCCCCUCGAUUUACUCGGUAUGUUCCUGAACGGAGCCAGCUCGGGACAGCGGUUCGGCAUCUUCGUGAUUUCGACCGGCUUUGCCCUCGCUCAAUUGGGAACCAACAUCUCUGCCAACUCCGUGUCUGCCGGCACAGAUCUCACUGCACUGAUGCCACGGUAUUUGACCAUCCGCAGAGGUAGUUAUCUCUGUGCAAUCAUUGGUUUGGCCAUGUGUCCGUGGAACCUCGUCGUCACAUCCAAUCAAUUCACCACCUACCUCUCUGCCUACUCCCUCUUCCUGUCCGCCAUCGCCGGCGUCAUGAUCUGCGACUAUUACAUCGUGCGCAAGGGCUACCUCGACAUCAAAGCCCUCUACAGCGGCCGCAAAACCGACCCGUAUUACUACACCCUCGGCUUCUCCUGGAAAGCCUACGCUGCCUAUCUCGCCGGCAUCUUAAUCAACAUUGUUGGUUUUGCAGGCGCCGUGGGCUGUAAAGUCCCCAUCGGAGCACAGUACAUCUAUAACAUCAACUACUUCACCGGUGUGCUGGUGUCGGGCGGAACAUACUGGAUUCUCACUCGCAUUUUCCCCGUGCCCGCGACAAGUGACCACUGGAACGAAGUCGACAUUGAUCUCGAACUGGAUGAUUAUGGAGUUGCCUAUGGACAGCCUGUCGGCGAUGAAGAGCAACCUGGAUAUGAUCGUCGGUCGAUGGCCGAGUCCCUGCCGCUGGACGAGCAGAAAAAGGGUGUUUUGGCUGCUACCAAGCGAGUUUGA